CUGGGCAACGGCCUCAUCAUCAGCGCCGUAGCCUGCGACCACCAUCUGCACACACCCAUGUUCUUCUUCCUGCUCAGCCUGGCCCUCAGCGACCUGGGCUCCAUCUGCACCACUGUCCCCAAAGCCAUGCACAAUUCCCUCUGGGACACUAGGAGCAUCUCCUAUACAGGAUGUGCUGCUCAGCUCUUUUUCUUUCUGUUCUUCAUCUCAGCAGAGCUUUUCCUCCUGAUCAUCAUGUGCUAUGACCGCUACGUGUCCAUCUGCAAACCCCUGCACUACGGGACCCUCCUGGGCAGCAGAGCUUGUGCCCACAUGGCAGCAGCUGCCUGGGCCAGUGCCUUUCUCUAUGCUCUCAUGCACACAGCCAAUACAUUUUCCCUGCCCCUGUGCCAUGGCAAUGUCCUGGGCCAGUUCUUCUGUGAAAUCCCCCAGAUCCUCAAGCUCUCCUGCUCGAAUUCAUACCUCAGGGAACUUAAGGUUAUUGUUUUUUCCAUCUCUUUAGCAUUUGUCUGUUUUGUGUUCAUUGUUUUCUCCUAUGUGCAGAUCUUCAGGGCUGUGCUGAGGAUCCCCUCUGAGCAGGGACGGCACAAAGCCUUUUCCACCUGCCUCCCUCACCUGGCUGUGGUCUCUCUGUUCAUCAGCACUGCAGCAUUUGCCUACCUGAAGCCCCUCUCCAUCUCCUCCCCAUCCCUGGAUCUGGCCCUUUCAGUUCUGUACUCAGUGGUGCCUCCAGCCCUGAACCCCCUCAUCUACAGCCUGAGGAACCAGGAGCUCAAGGCUGCUGUGAGGAGACUGAUGACUGGAUGGAAAGUAGAGGCCAAGGAGCUUGCAGAGCAAGCCCAGAGCCACGAGGGCUCUACCGCCUGCUCAGCCCUGUACAGAGAGGAACAGCACCUCGAAGUGAUCACGUCCCUCGAGGAGAUAGACUCAGCGUAG